AUGAACUCAUCACACCACGACAUGACUUUGUUCGCCAGUUGGGUGAAAUACCAGCAUUAUGUCCAAACCAGCAAUCCGAACGCACCACGUAUAUUGUCCUCACAGGAAAUCGCCCUCGCUGGCGAAUUAGCCAACAAUUUUGACUUUACAAAUGUUUUCCGUCAACGUCUCGAGCUUGGACGCUGUUUUUAUACUACGGUUAAACAAAACUUAAUGGCCAUUCUUCAAAUCUGGGAUGCUAUUAUUAAUGAAAAAGUUUUGUUCGACAGCUCAGGCAUUUAUAUGAUUCCCAACCGGAUAAAUAUCGGAUCCUUAGGACCACAGACGUUUAUAGUUCCGCGGCUUAAGACAUGCCCCGCAAGCUUGGAACCGCCCUACGCGCACGGCCAUACUUUCGCAAAUGUAACGGAGCUACAAACGCAGGCUGUGCAGCCUAGCAAUGAGAUAUACGCAGAGGCUUUCGCCUUGUCGGAGUUCGAAAACACCAAUAUUGGCGGAUUUGAAAACAACGAAAAUGAAAAGGAAUUCGACAUCGCGGACAGCGAGGAUAGCGAAGAGGAGGAGGGUUGGGAGGAUGAAAAUGAAUAUACAGAUGACGACGAAUACGAUAACAACGAUGACGGGAGUGAUGGUGAUUACGAAGAGAUAAACGAAAAAGGAGAUAUGUCCCGGGUAUAUGGCCAGUCCCAGAAAUUUACCGAAGGCUGGGGGGACUCUUUUUCGGAACUUAUCAAACUGGACAUGGAUUUGGUAAACAACACCCAGGAGCUCGACGGGGGAGCGGAACCGCUUCGGAAGAUCCUAACCCCUGCCGCCUCUAGGAAGUCCGUGAAACGUGGGUUUGCAGGUAUCGAGGGAGGUGAGAAUGGGACACAAAGCAAGAAGUCAAGGAAGCAACAGAAGUAA